CGCCCUUUUUUUAUUUUCCUCUUUGCCCCCCCUUGACUUUUAUACUCGAGGACUGGGUUCGACAGGUGACGAUGAGAUGUUAAUGGGCUCUGACGACUAAUUCGUUUGCUCUUUAUUGUUUGGACCUCUCAGCCUCGAACCCUCGACGUUCUCUCGCUGAUUUGGAUAUCCCGACGAUCGCAUCUCUUGGCCUCGCUUCGCCUCACCUCCUCCAACUUGCCCUCAACCUCGCUCGAACUCCACCGGGCACCACGAGCCGCGCCCGUUCGUCGAUCCAGCGAUCAAGCGUCCCAAACUCUUCUUCUCUGUUUUUGUGCCAGGCCUCCAAGCCUGGAGUUGAUUGUUCCCUCAAGUCGAGGUGUGGGUCGUUUAGGAGGAAGUCAGGGACAUCGCCAGCGACCAAGUCCCCGAUGUGCCUCUAUUUCCAGCCCUCUUCAGUCUCGACAACGCACCAUCCACAACCUGUUCCGCCGCUCCUGUGCACCACCCACGAUCUCGAUUUCUCUUGCUCUUGCCGCCUCCUUGCAGCUCGUCUCUCCGAUCUCACAUUCAGCCUCAGCCUCGAUCCGUUCCGUAUUCCCAAUUUCUCAUCGCCUCGCUCACGUCUAAGCCGGAUCACUGCGCUCGCCUCGCCCCUCCCGUCCGCCAUCGAGGCGUAGGGUCGUUCCCACCAACCCCCUGCCCACCUCCCUCUUC